GAUAAUUCCCUCAGGCGGUGCCAUGUUCCUACUUCCCCCCUCGCGACCCUCGUUGGUGCUUGUCUAAUCCCCCCCUUCUUUCCUUUCAAUUUUUGCCUCUGAACCGCCCCCUUUCUUUUUCCUUCCGCCGUCAUCCUCGCUGUAGGUUGGCGUCCUUCCCGGAAAGCCCAACGUCGCCGCCGCAUCCCAACCAAACCCCCCGAGGUCUGGUCCGCGCACCGAUCUGGUGGGUUGCGGUGUUCUUGCAAUGAGCCUGUCCUCGGUGUUUGGCCUGUUUACGACGACAGAGAUACCUGAUUCCCCUGCGUCGGCCGUCUAUUCGAAGACCGCCAGCACCGGCGAACAUGUCCCCCAUGGCCCCAGUCAAGUGAAGACCGACCGAGACGCCCAUGCCCCUAAUGCUGCCUCGAUAGCAGACGAGGAGGAGCCCCGGCCUCCGUAUUUGCACGCGAUGCUUGCGGGUGGUAUCGGUGGCACUUGCGGUGAUAUGCUCAUGCACUCGCUCGACACGGUGAAGACGAGACAACAAGGCGAUCCUCACAUUCCUCCGAAAUACACGUCCAUGACCUCGUCGUAUGCGACCAUCUAUCGACAAGAAGGACUGUUUCGAGGCCUCUACGGCGGUGUGACGCCUGCGUUUCUCGGCUCCUUCCCGGGAACAGUGACCUUUUUCGGAGUUUAUGAGUUCACCAAGCGACGGAUGCUGGACGCAGGGAUCAACCCCAACCUCGCCUAUCUCUCCGGAGGAUUCCUUGCCGAUCUCGCCGCUUCGAUCGUCUACGUCCCUUCGGAAGUCUUGAAAACUCGGAUGCAAUUACAGGGACGCUAUAACAACCCCUACUUCUAUUCGGGAUAUAACUACCGCUCCACUACGGACGCUUUCCGCACGAUUGUCCGACAGGAGGGAUUCGCCGCACUCUUCUACGGAUAUAAGGCGACCAUCUUCCGCGACCUUCCUUUCUCGGCCCUGCAAUUCGCAUUCUACGAACAGGAACACCGGAUGGCCAUCGAGUGGGUGGGAUCUCGGGACAUCGGACUGGGAUUAGAGAUCCUGACUGCGGCGACGGCCGGUGGAAUGGCAGGUGUGAUGACAUGUCCGAUGGACGUCGUCAAAACUCGUGUUCAGACCCAACAAAACCCCGAAACCGCAAGCCCACCUAAAGGCGCGACCGAACCCGCCUCGAUCAAGGAGAGCCCCCGGCAGCAUGCGCCCUCGCAGACGACGUCCUCGAACCUCCGAACGCAUUCGCGACCGAUUUCGACUUCUCCACCGUCGACAUCGGUGCCUCCCCCCGGAACGCCGCGCCUGGAUACCACUUCGUUCUUCACCGGCCUGAAGAUGAUCUACCGGGCGGAAGGCAUCCAGGGGUGGUUCCGCGGAGUCGGACCUCGAGGCGUGUGGACCAGCAUUCAGAGUGGAACGAUGUUGGUCAUGUACCAAUACCUGUUGAAGAAGUUCGAGGAAUAUCAGAGCCUCGAGGAGACGAACCCGCUCUAGGGAGGAAUAGAUCCGAGUGUACCAGGAGACGCCUGGCGACUCGGUUGUAGAUAAUAUGGCACCACAACCGGAACUUUGCACAUUGGAUGAUUCAGAGGAUCGGGCGUUCUGGAAGGUUGUGGCAUGAUUUUCUUUACUCGUUUUUCUUUUUUUUUAUAAUGUUUGCUCCUGUCAUCUCUCCACUAUACCUUGUUUCUUGUGUGCAUACGGCGUACACUGUGGCUGAUUUGGAGAGAGGGAGAGAGGGGGAUUGGAUACUUGUACGGAUUUACAUAGACUUUAGACAGGCUGCGGCCUCGUGUACCAUAAGAUCAUAUACAUAGAAUUGGAAUCAACAAACCGCU